CAUGCCAUGCUGAUCAGACAUGACGAGUCCACCCAGGAGCUGGAGCAUCGUCAGCUGAAAACCCUUCAGAAGCUCCGCAUGGACCUGAUCCGCCUGCAGCACCAGACAGAACUGGAGAACCAGAUAGAAUACAACAACCGGCGCGAGAGAGAGCUCCGCCGCAAGCACGUUCUGGAGCUACGGCAGCAGCCCAAGAACCUUAAGGCCAUGGAGCUGCAGAUUAAGAAACAGUUCCAGGAUGCGUGUAAGGUCCAGACGCGUCAGUACAAGGCCCUGAGACACCACCAGAUGGAGGUGACGCCCAAGAGCGAGCACAAGGUGGUCCUCAAGGCCCUGAAGGAGGAGCAGACCAGGAAGCUGGCCAUCCUGGCCGAGCAGUACGAACAGAGCAUCAACGAGAUGAUGGCAUCGCAGGCGGUGAGUUGCCUUAAAAUGGAGGACGGGUGUUAUGAUGAGGAUUCGUGAGCAGUGAUGCUGAUAUUUGAUCAUUUCCUUUAUAUCAAUCUCAAAGAUUCAUAUAAAUGUUAAAGAUCUUAUCUAAUAUAGCACAUGAAAAUGAAAGAAUGGUUCCAUAGGAGAAUUGUAUCAUUUUGUCCCCAAGCCGUAGGAGAUGUUGGUCAUUGUAGGAGUUUGUAAAUCUGCUUCUGUUAUUCCCAUAUCUCCUAUCUCAUCUUCUGUUCCAUCACUCCUCUUCUGUUCCAUCACUCCUCCUAUCUCCUCUUCUGUUCCAUCACUCCUCCUAUCUCAUCUUCUGUUCCAUCACUCCUCCUAUCUUCACUUCUGUUCCAUCA